AUGCCAUCUAAAAGAUUCUUUUAUGAAGAUGAAGAGCUAAUAACAACCACCCCUGGCUAUAACACAGAGAUUUCUCUGGAAUUGAAGGAAAAAGAGUCUGUGCAUGGUAAUAUAGCUUUGGUGGACGGAAUGGGCGUGAGAAGUACUCCGUAUUUGGAGAAGCAUUUCAACAAGCUCAGAUUGUUGGCCCACGAGAAGCUUUCCAUCGCUAGUGCCGAAAUCGGGACCCAGAAGUCCGCAUUGGCCAACGAGUGGGCCAUCGUCAAGCUGAAAGUGAACGAUGUUGUUGUUGAGCCUGUUGUUCCACGGCUCAUGGAUGUGUUGUUCCCAGUUUUGGUGGUGUCCGUUUUCGUGAGCAGAAGGUCUUUUCCUGUUCGCUUCUUGUCCACUGCAGCAGUUGGCGGAUUCACAUUCAAGCACAACAUGCCUCAAACAUAUGAAAACAUCAAGAGCAGAUUUUUGUCCUGGGAGUACGAAAACUUCCCUGAGGCAGCAAAGCAACAGAAUGAUAUGCUUGCAUCUUUAGAUGUUAUGGCGUCUGACGUGACCAAAUACACGUCGCAAGCGAAAUCAGAUUUGCAAGCGCAGAUCCAUGACGCCAGGAAAUGGGUCGUUAGCGCAUUGAGCGAUGAAGAUUGA